UGUGGUCAUGUAUCAAACAUAUUCGGUACUAUACAUGACAUUCGUGCAGUCGCAGAUGUUGUCCAUACAAUUCCGGAUGCCAUACUCUCGGUCGACGGAGUAGCUUGGGCUCCUCACCGGCCCAUUGAUGUCAAAGUAAUGGACGUUGACUUCUAUUUCUUCAGCUGGUACAAGUUGUUUGGGCCGCAUUACGCACAAAUGUACGCCCGCAGCUCCGUACAACAACGAUUCAUGACGAGUCUAAGUCAUUACCAUCUCGACCCCACACCCCUUAACGUCAAAGUCCGCCAGGGCAUGAGUUGCUUCGAGUUCGAGGACGGUGUACUUGAGAUAGUACGGUACAUUCAGCGCCUCGGUUGGGAUAACAUCAUUGCACAUGAGGUAGUCAUCGUCCGACCUCUGCUUGAAUACCUCAAUUCACACCCGGAAUGGUUCACUCUUUAUGGCGAAAAGUCGUCUGAUCUGAAGCUUCGAGUAUCUCUUGUUUCGUUCACGGUUAACGGAGUGCACUCCCAGGUGAUCGCUAGGAUCAUUCACGAGUCGUCUCCAUGCCGUAUCUUAGCAGGGAACGCUUACUCGCUCAGACCGGUGCAUGGUGUCCUUGGACUCGGUGAUGAAGGUGUGCUUCGUGUGAGCCUGGUUCAUUAUAAUAACCUUCACGAUGUCCAAACAUCCAUCAAUGUUUUGGAUCAUGUAGUACUAGUACAAGCGCAUUUUAAGGAUAGAGUUCGAUGCUAG